AGAGACUAGCUCUGUCGCCCAUGCUGCAGUGCAGUGGCGGGAUCACGGCUCACUGCAGUCUCUACUGUCUGGGCUCAAGCGAUCCUCCCAUCUCAGCCUCUCAAGUAGUUGGGACUUCAGGCGGGUGCCAUGCCAGGCUAGUUUUUUAUUUUUUGUAGAGAUGAGGGUCUCACUAUGUUGCCUAGGCAGUUUCAGACUCCUGGGCUCAACCAAUCCUCCCACUUUGGCCUCCUGAAAUGUUAGGAUUACAGGCAUAAGCCACCACACUCAGCCCCAUCUUUGAAUUAAAAAAAAAAAAUUAGAACAUGUGGAAAAACGCAACAACAACAAAAGAUUAACAAAAUCCCUAUCCCAUGAUAGCCUUAUUUUUCUGCUCACCUUAAAAACAAAACUUCUUAAAAGUAUUGCGUAUAUUUGCUUUCUCCAUUUCCUCUCCUCCCAUCCUUCCCUCCAACUCCUAUCAAAUUUUCAUCAGACUUUAUCAAACUUCCACCACUGCCAAAAUGGCGUUUCAACAUCACUGGUGACCAUUGCUACAGUGGCCCAUUCUUAAUUCUCAUUUUACUUGACCUAUGAGCAACAUUUGAGACAGUGGGUCACUCCCUUCUUGAAACACUUCCUUCCCUUGGUUUUGCAGAUCUAAACUCUCCUACUUUUCCAUCUACUUCAUGGAUUAUUCCUUCUCAGUCUUCUUUGUUGGAUCCUCUUCACCUCUCCGACUUAACCUGGUGCAUUGCUAGAAGAAACCCUGCUGAGUAAGAGCAAAUUUUUUUUAGCAUACCGCUGAUUUUACUUUCCAGUAUUUAAAAAUGCUGUGUAUCCUUUUAAAUGAAAACGACUUAAAAAGCGUGGCUCUCAGGCUAGCAAUAGAGAUACCAACCCGGGAAUCUCCGCACCACCCCCCAAGAGGAAGCAGCGUCUGACGUCUUCCGGAAACGAGCUCCACUGGCCUUAUGGGAAAUGUGGUCUCCGACGGAUGGCCUACACCCGGGAGGAGUCCAGGAACUCUAGGUGGACAGUUACUUCCGCACACGCGUAGUAGGACGGUAGCCGGUAUUCAAUCUUCAAAUCAGCGCCGCGGGAAGUGCUGGCGGGGCUUGCUCCCCUGUCUCUGGACGACGCUGUGACUGAUCCCAGGCUUGGAGCCGGAGCUGCGAGCGAGGCAGUGAAAGGGUGGCAGCUUCAGAGUAGAAACCAGAGAAUCACAGGAAGGAAUCAUUUUUAGACUUACGGAGCUUCAGAGACCAAGCUUUUAAAUUUCUGUGUAAGAGCUGCAGAAAAUGAUCAGCUUCCAGUUCGCUAGUGAUGCACACUUUAGUUUGAAGAAAAUGUGCUGUUACAGGAAUCAGUGACAUUCCAGGAUGUGGCUGUGGAUUUCACUGCAGAGGAGUGGCAGCUGCUUGAUUGUGCUGAGAGAACCCUGUAUUGGGAUGUGAUGUUGGAGAACUAUAGAAACCUCAUCUCAGUGGGAUGUCCAAUUACCAAAACAAAAGUGAUCCUCAAGGUAGAACAAGGACAAGAGCCAUGGAUGGUGGAGGAAGUGAAUCCACACGAGAGCUCUCCAGAAUCUGACUACCCACUUGUUGAUGAACCAGGGAAGCAUCGGGAAAGCAAAGACAAUUUUUUGAAGUCAGUUUUGCUCACGUUCAAUAAAAUUCUGACUAUGGAGAGAAUCCACCAUUAUAAUAUGAGCACAAGUCUUAAUCCAAUGAGAAAAAAAUCAUAUAAAUCGUUUGAGAAGUGUUUGCCACCUAAUUUAGACUUACUUAAAUAUAAUAGAAGUUAUACUGUAGAAAACGCUUAUGAAUGCAGUGAAUGUGGGAAAGCCUUCAAAAAGAAGUUUCAUUUCAUUAGACAUGAAAAAAAUCAUACAAGGAAAAAACCUUUUGAAUGCAAUGACUGUGGAAAAGCCUAUAGCAGGAAGGCACACCUUGUAACUCAUCAGAAAAUUCAUAAUGGAGAGAGACCCUUUGUGUGCAAUGAUUGUGGGAAGGCGUUUAUGCAUAAAGCCCAACUCGUGGUCCACCAGAGACUUCACACUGGAGAGAAGCCUUAUGAGUGCAGUCAAUGUGGGAAAACAUUCACUUGGAACUCCUCAUUUAAUCAACACGUGAAAUCUCAUACACUUGAGAAGUCAUUUGAAUGUAAGGAAUGUGGGAAAACCUUCAGGUAUAGUUCAUCCCUUUAUAAACAUUCCAGAUUUCAUACAGGAGAGAAACCCUACCAGUGUAUCAUAUGUGGCAAAGCUUUUGGCAACACAUCCGUGCUUGUUACACACCAAAGAAUUCAUACAGGAGAGAAACCUUACAGAUGUAUUGAAUGUGGCAAAGCCUUCAUCAAGAAGUCCCAUCUCCUCAGACAUCAGAUAACUCAUACAGGAGAGAAGCCCUAUGAAUGUAACAGAUGUGGGAAAGCAUUUUCCCAGAAGUCAAAUCUUAUUGUACAUCAGAAAAUUCAUACAUAAUAUUCACUUUAUGAAUAUGAGAAGGCCUUAUUAAAUAUUUGCUAAAUCUUAUUAAAUACUAAAGAAUUCAUGGUGAGAAGUCUACAAUUUAAAUGAAUUUGGAAGAGUAGAUUCCCAUAAAAAACAAUCAAUGCCAAUCAUGUUCUGGAAGUGAUAAUAAACUUUUUACAGAAAAUAUGACAGAAAACAACUAUAAAUAAUAGAGCAUAAAGCUUGGAAAGUAAGCAUAACUUAAAUAAUCAAAGAACCAGUGAAAACUACAUUUGCCAUUCCUGACUUUUAAUUUUUAUAAUAAAAUAAUUACGCAAGUGUGAGUUUAAAAUAUAUGCUUACACAUUAUAUUAAAGUAUGCCUAUUAACAGUUUCUGCAGUAAACAACAUUUUUUCUUCCAGUCUCAACAUACAUAAUUAAUCAAGUGAGAAAAUGUGUUUUAAUAUGUCAUAUGAAUUUCAGUGAUAUUUUCAUCCAUUUUCUGGCACUUUUAAUGGGCAUGACAGUGUUUCUGAAUCUGAGUCUCCUUUAAUUAUACAAGUGAAGACUUCUUAUUAAAAUUAAUAUAAAGAUAUUUUCCUAUGUAUGUAAAUACCAGAACAAAAAACAAGACACUAAUUGAGGAGAGAAAGGCACUUGUGUUCUGUAUUACAGUAAGUAUUCAGUUGAGGAAAAGAAUUAUUUAAAUAUGUAAAUAAAUAAUUUGCACUUCAAA